AUGCCACCGGGCGGAGGGUUUCGUUUGAAUCCAAACCAACAGCAAGAGGAAGUGAAAGCGCUAGAACAAUUCGGUAUCGAUCUCACAGAAAUGGCCGAGAAGGGCAAACUCGAUCCCGUUAUUGGACGAGACGAAGACAUCCGCCGAACCAUUGAAGGCAAGGGAAAGAAAAUAAACACAUGCAUGCUCUAUACGGAUAGUGCUAACAUCACUUUGGCUCGUCGGACGAAAAACAACCCUGUACUGAUCGGUGAAGCCGGUGUCGGCAAAACUGCCAUAGCUGAAGGUCUUGCACAACGCAUCAUUGCGAACGAAGUGCCUGAAUCAAUUCAAGGAAGAAGAGUCGUUGCCUUGGAUCUAGGUAGCUUAAUAGCAGGUGCCAAGUUCCGUGGCGAGUUUGAAGAUCGUCUCAAAGCAGUUUUGAAGGAAGUCACAGAAGCCGAAGGCAAAAUCAUUCUUUUCAUUGACGAAAUCCACAACCUUCUUGGCCUUGGUAAAUCAGAAGGUGCAAUGGAUGCUGGCAACCUUCUAAAGCCAGCUCUUGCUCGCGGACAGCUACGAUGUGUCGGCGCGACAACCAUUGAUGAGUAUCGCAAGUAUAUCAUGGCAGACCCUGCGCUGGCACGACGUUUCCAAUCAGUGAUGGUUGACGAACCUACUGUCCAAGAUACGAUUUCAAUUCUGCGUGGUUUGAGAGAACGAUACGAGGUUCAUCAUGGCGUGCGAAUUGCGGAUUCUGCCCUAGUUUCUGCUGCCAUCCACGCUCAUAGAUAUAUCUCAGACAGAUUCUUGCCGGAUAAGGCCAUUGAUCUUGUCGAUGAAGCGUGCUCCAAGUUGAGACUACAACAGGAGAGCAAGCCCGAAGCCUUGGAAAGGCUGGAUCGCCAUAUCAUGACAAUGCAGAUCGAGUUGGAAUCAUUGCGCAAAGAAUCUGAUACACUUUCUGUCGAAAGACGGGAUAAGCUGCAAUCUGAGUUGGAUGAGAAACAAAAGGAAAGCGAUCGCUUGUCUGCGGUCUGGAAUGAAGAACGGAACAAACUGGAUGAGAUCAAGCACACCAAAGAAGAAUUGGAACAAGCGCGCGUUGAUUUGGAUACAGCUCAAAGAGCUGGAAACUUCCAGCGGGCCUCUGAAUUGCGAUAUGGCGUAAUUCCUAAUCUUGAGAAGAAGCUUCCGAAGGAUACCACUGACGAUGAGAACCCUGAUUCGCUUAUCCAUGAGCGUGUCACUUCUGAUGAUAUUGCACGCGUUGUUUCUCGUAUGACUGGUAUUCCUGUUCGCAAUUUGAUGCGCGGAGAACGUGAGAAACUCCUUCACAUGGAAGAUGUGCUGAGCGAACGAGUUGUUGGACAAGAUGAAGCCAUUACAGCUGUGUCUGAGGCCGUCAGACUGAGCCGGGCAGGCCUACAGAACCCUUCAAGGCCUAUUGCAUCGUUCCUGUUCCUCGGUCCUACAGGUGUGGGCAAGACCGAGCUUUGUAAAACGAUUGCUCAAUUUCUGUUCGACACUGAGAAUGCAAUUGUUCGCGUUGAUAUGUCGGAAUAUAUGGAGAAAUUCUCAGUUAGCCGCUUGAUCGGUUCUCCUCCCGGCUAUGUUGGACACGAAGAGGGUGGUGAACUGACAGAAGCUAUCCGACGGAAGCCUUACGCUGUGGUCCUGCUUGAUGAAAUGGAAAAGGCACACCGCGAUGUUUCAAAUCUUCUUCUCCAGGUGUUGGAUGACGGUAUACUGACUGACAGCCAGGGCAGGAAGAUUGAUUUCAAGAAUACAAUCAUUAUCAUGACCUCUAAUUUGGGUGCGGAAGCGCUCGUAGCGGAUGUGCGAGAUGAUGGGGGUGUCAGCCCAAAAGCAAAGCAAAGCGUUAUGGAUGCUCUUCGCCACGCAUUCGCACCUGAAUUCUUAAAUCGUGUGGAUGAAAUGGUUGUUUUCAACCGUCUUUCUCGAAAAGCUCUUCGUGAUAUUGUAGAUGUACGCCUAGGCGAGGUUGAGGAGCGUGUGAGUGAUCGACGUAUCCAGAUUGACGUUGAUGUAGAAGCGCGCGACUGGCUCGGUGAACGUGGAUAUGAUCCUUCAUAUGGUGCUCGACCACUCAAUCGCCUGAUAAUGAAACAAAUUCUAAACCCAUUGGCCCGUCUACUAAUCGAUGGUGGCGUACGAACAGGGGAAACGGCCAAGGUUCGAGUAUCUAAGCUUCCAUCAGGCGAAACGACACUGGAAGUCCAACGGAACCAUGCUCCUGGAGAGGCUUCCGAAGACAAUGAAGAAGAAAAAAUGGCGCCCGUCGGGGACGAAGAAGAAGUGGUACGCGAUGAUUAUGAGCAGGAGCAACAAGAAAAGAAUGAUAAGAAAUCAGAAUAA